GCUGACAAUAUCGCAGACAAAGAUUUCAAUUGUAAUUCUUAGAUCGCAAACCACAUUGUUGUCGACCACAUUGACGUUAGUUAUGUCAGUUAAAUUAAUGUCAAAAUGUUGUCGUUCUCUGGUUUUCUUUAACGUCGAUGUUAUUAAAGAGUACUUUUAAAAGUAUAGGUUUCUAUAUAAUAUCUUAAUAUUUAAAUAGAUUUACAUAAAAUUAUUUAUCAGACGAUGUUAAAAUGGAGGAUAAAGUUUUAUCAGUGAGCGAUGUACUGCAUGGUAAUGGUGAUAUUGAGUGGCAACCACUAGCUCUCACUUUGGUUGAAUAUCCAAAAGGUGAUAUACUAGGAAAAUUCUUUGCUCUUAUUAGCUUAGCUCCAUUUGGAAUUGGUGCUGGAUUUGUUGCAUUAAUACUAUUUCGACGAGAUCUUCACACUAUUGCAUUCUUUUUUGGUACAUUAGUCAAUGAACUGUUGAAUAUUAUUUUAAAACAUAUUAUUUGUGAAGCUAGACCAAUAGCAAGAGGGCAUUUAUAUAAUGAAUAUGGAAUGCCAUCAUCUCAUGCACAAUUUGUUUGGUUUUUUAGUAUUUAUGUCUUAUAUUUUGUUUUGAUCAGAUUACAUCAUAUAAAUAAUAAUAGUAUAAUAUCUGCAUUAUGGCGAGUGGUGAUUGUAGGAGGCUGUAUUACUUUAGCUUUGUUAGUCAGCAUUGGAAGAGUAUAUUUGCACUAUCACACAACAGCUCAAGUCAUUGUUGGUGGAAUUGUUGGAUUCUUAUUUGCUACUCUGUGGUUUGCGUUGGUGCACAGAGUUUUCACACCAGUUUUUCCUCAGUUAGUGUCAAUGAAAUUAUUUGAAAUGCUGAUGAUAAGGGACACUACUUUGAUUCCGAACGUGUUAUGGUUCGAGUACACGACAUCGCGACAAGAAGCACGUGCACGCGGCCGCAAGCUGGCAGCGCUGAAGCCGACGCAAUGACGUUGCGCCUUACGCGCGUCGGCUUCACUGCCGGCGCGCGGCUGACGUCUGCUGGCCGCCGCCGCACUGGCGCUGGCGCUUGUCGGCGGCGCGCUGCUUGCCGGCUCGGAGCCCGCGCGCUCCUUGCUCCCCUAUUGACUCCGUGUUCUAUUCGGAAUGUAAGUGACUACUUGUUUCUCAACCGUAUAUUAGUGAUUUGAGGUGUGUUCUGUUUAAAAUAUAUUUUUAUAGAACUGCUAGGGAUAAUUGUUUAUUUAAUCAUUAAAUAAAUAUAGUUUUUCUAUAUCUAAUAAAAUCGUGAAAGGGACUUAAACAUGUAAAUAUAUAAUUAUAAUGCAAUAAUGAUGUACCCAAUGACCUCUAAUGGUACCUACUGUAUUAGUAAUUUUAAUAUUGUUAAAUGUCUGAUUGCUUUUUGUACAAUAAAGCACACCCCUAACUGAGUCUAUGCUAUUGUGUCAACCAAAAGUACCUUUCACAGUUCCUUGGUUGUGUUAAGUAUAAUUAUAAUUGAAAAUAAAUUAUAUGACAUAAACAUUACAGCAAUACAUAAUAAUUAUAUAAUAAUUUCAAAAAUUUGUGUAAGUAACAAUGUCAUUAAUUUAUGUACCUAAUUAAGCACCUAUUAACUAAGAUAUAACAAUAUUCUAGAAAAAUGAAACUCCUUCAAAAAUAAUGUGGCCAAAUAAAUUGAUGCUUUAAAAAUACCACUCAAGGUUAUCCUAAAUUUCUCUCUGGAGCAACCAUAAUUUCAGUGUGGCGUAUAAUUAAUUACCUACUAUUUUAUCAUUUUUAAUAUUGCCUUACUUAUAAGGCGCAAUACAUAUUGAAAUUUAUGUAGAUGCUUAUUUUUAUAAUAAUAAUAAUUUAAUUUUAGAAUUCGUUGCAUAUAAUCCUAUCCAAUUUGUCACUAAGACUACACGGAAUCGAUUGAAUUGUAGAAAGAAUUUAUAAAGGUUUUCAAAUCCCAGUUGAAAUCGGAUGACAUUAUUAGGUUCGGACAAUGCGGAUUACGCAUGUGCAUUUUUUUAUUACCACUAGAUAAUUACGCAGCGCUAUUUAAUCCCAAACUAAGCAGAGCUUGUACUAAUAAGCUCUAGACAAGUAAAGGUAAUAAUUAUUUUUUAUAUAAAUACACAUUAUACAUAGAAAACACCAAGACCAGUACAAAUAGUCAUACAACAUUUGAAUGAUUGCGGGUUGAGCCUUAAUCUGGACCUCAAUACAGAAAAAUACAGAAAUGAAAAUAUAGAUUAAUUAAAAAACUUAUAUAACUGAUCGUACCACACAGAGAGUGAGUUUACAGAUCAUAGAAUAAAACAAAGGAAAUACAAAGCGACAGUAAUGCCACCAACAUAUAAUAUACACACUUUGUUUGAGAUGCGUUCUAGACUAGAUAUCAAUAUUUAAACGCUCUCACAUAUCUAGAAAGCAACUCAAUUAAACAAAAUAAUACGGUUUUAUUAAUAUAUUAAUAUAAAUUAUGACCUAUUGGUUAUAUAAAAUAAUAAUUCUGAUUAAUAUUUAUUAUAUAAAAUUUCUGAAACUUAUCUACAAAAACAAAAAUCUUUCUCUGUAACAAUAUGCAUGCAGAUUAAUUAUAAUAUAAGAUAAUAUUUUACAUUUAUCUUAUAUUUUAUGUUCAAACACAGUAAUGCUUGAAUAUAU